UCUCAUAGAGAAAAAGUUCACUUGGUCUUCAUCAGUUUUCAUCUUCAAUGUUAUCAUCCUAUUAUCUUUCAAUUGUCUUCCAAUUAUAAUCAUCAUCACCAUCGAAUCGUUAACAGUGUAACAAUUACAAUCAAUUAAAAAACAAUUAAAACAUUUCAAUCAGUUAAUAGCCAAUAAAGUUUGUCCGUUUCUUUGUUUAUCCAAUUUAAUAUUUCAAGUGAUUCCAAUUUUCGGCCACAAUUAACUUUUAAUUGUUUGUGUAUUUUAAUUAAGUUUCAAUGGUUCAAUCAUAUGAAUCAGAGCAAAAAAUCUUAAUAAUUAAACUGUAGAAUUUGAACAAUUAAACUAAUCAUAGUUUCUAAUCACCUAAAAAUACAUAUUUCAUUUAAUCGAAAGUUUCGAAAACAAUUAACUAAAUCCUACAAUUGUCCAAAUGGAUUUAACUUCAUUAAACACAAUUAACGGAAGUGAUUCAAUCGGUUUGAAUUUCCAUGAUCUUGAACCUCCAGCAGACGAUUGUGUCCAUCGACCUUGUGGCCCUGAGGCGGGUUGUUUAAGUACAAGUUUCGGUCACCAAUGUAUUUGUACCCACGAUCUCAGACCCGAAGACCCAAUUCUCGGCUGUGAUCGAGUCAAACAUGAUCUUGGAUCGAAAACUGUGAUUGAUUCUGAACAUUCAUUGCCUACUCUUCAAAUCACACCAAUUGAUCGUAAUCAUGAGCCAACGAUUAUCAAUGGUAAUACUCAUCCACAAACCGAGCCAUUUUGGAAAAACGAUCAGGAACCUUCAAAUUUAACACAUUCAAAGCAAAUGAAUUCACCCAAUAAAUUAUUCAAUAGCCUUUUACUAUCAACAAUUUUCUGUCUAAUCUCAUUCGCCCUUCUUAUUGGUAUGUUUAUGGUACUUCGUCGUUACAAUGUGAUAUCAAAGCUUCGCUCAAGACGAAAAUUAAGUCCAGAUCCAUCGAAGGGAUCACUUGCCCGUUGCAUCCAACAAUAUGUGAUUAAUCCAAAUUAUUAUUCAAGUUCCCCUGAUGCAUCAUUUAGAAAAAUUUUGAAAAACAUUGAAAUACCAGCGACACAGAUUCGAUUCAUAAAAGAGAUUGGAGAAGGAUGUUUCGGUCGAGUUUAUAAAGGUGAAUAUCAGCCCAAUGAAGAUGAAAUCAUUCAAGUGGCGAUUAAAAUUCUGAAAGAAGGAGUUUCAAAUGAACUUCGAGCUGAUUUUGAACGUGAGGUUGAAAUACUGUCCAAUUUUCAACAUCCUAAUAUCGUCAAACUAAUUGGAGUGACCAAUGAAGAGCCAACACCUUCCAUGGUAUUUGAAUAUAUGGCACUCGGAGAUUUAACUGAAAUUUUAAGAAAAUGUGAUACCAAGAAAUUAAGAAAUAAACAACAACAACAACAACAAUCAGAAAACAAUCAAAUGACCAAUAUUCUUGGUAGUACCAAGUCUCUGACCGGAGCAACGACAACCUUGAUCAUGGAUUCAGGUUCAUCUGGUUCAACUAGAACAACAUUAUCACUUAUGAAUCAUGAAAUUUCAAAUCCAGAUUCAAUUGAGAUUAAACCAUUAUAUGAGGGAGAUCUAAUUUGGAUUGCGACACAAAUUGCAGCGGGAAUGUUAUACUUAUCAUCUCAGCAUUUUGUUCAUCGAGACCUGGCUACACGAAAUUGCCUUGUAACCCACAAUCUGACCGUUAAAAUAUCAGACUUUGGACUGUCCAGAGAUAUUUAUACCUGUGAUUAUUACAAGGUAAACGGAAGUAAAAUGCUUCCGGUUCGUUGGAUGUCACCUGAAAGUAUUAUUUAUGGUAAAUAUACAUUGGAAUCUGAUGUAUGGUCUUUCGGUGUCGUCCUUUGGGAAAUAUUUGCCUUUGGAAAGCAACCUUACUAUGGACAUUCAAAUGAUGAGGUUGUUAAGCUGAUUCUUCAGGGUAUUUUACUUAUUCCACCAGAAGAUUGUCCAGAAUUUAUUUAUAAGCUAAUGGCUGGCUGCUGGAAAACUGAACCAAAAGAUAGACUUAAUUUUGAUUCAAUUUAUCGAGAACUUGUUUCCAAUUGUUCACCUGAUAAACAAUUUAUCAUGGAGGAAAUCAAUUCAACCGGAACUGAGCCUGGAGAGUCACAAUCAAUUGUUGAUGAAAUAGUUAACAUUGAAAAUUACCUGAUGCCUGAAGAUCUGGUUGAAAUUGUCUAAUGACAAAUAAGCGAAAAAAGUACAACUUAAUCUACACUAGAGGAUUUGAGAUUCAUCAAUCAUGUAAAUUAUUCAAGAUCACAAUAGUUUCAUUCACUAAAUGAGCAACCAACCUAUUUGAUAAUCAAAUUCGUUCUGUCUUGAGUUGUAUUAUUUGGAUGAAUAAUCAAUAUCAAAGUUUUAAACUGUAAAAUUGUUGUUAUAUUUCAACUUGCUAUUAAAAAUAUCUCUGACCCGUAA